AUGGCGCACGGGGGACUAGGACUAGGCACCAUGGAGCGUUCUCACGCAUGGGCAAGAGAGGCUAUCUACUGUCACGACGACAGACACGUCGACCUAAACUACACAGACGUCGACCUAGACUACACAGACGUCGACCUAGACUACACAGACGUCGACCUAGACUACACAGACGUCGACCUAGACUACACGGACGUCGACCUAGACUACACGGACGUCGACCUAGAUUACACGGACGUCGACCUAGACUACACGGACGUCGACCUAGACUACACGGACGUCGACCUAGACUACACGGACGUCGACCUAGACUACACGGACGUCGACCUAGACUACACAGACGUCGACCUAGACUACAAAGACGUCGACCUAGACUACACGGACGUCGAACUAGAUUACACGGACGUCGACCUAGACUACACGGACGUCGACCUAGACUACACGGACGUCGACCUAGAUUACACGGACGUCGACCUAGACUACACGGACGUCGACCUAGACUACACGGACGUCGACCUAGACUACACGGACGUCGACCUAGACUACACGGACGUCGACCUAGACUACACAGACGUCGACCUAGACUACAAAGACGUCGACCUAGAUUACACGGACGUCGAACUAGAUUACACGGACGUCGACCUAGACUACACGGACGUCGACCUAGAUCAAAUGGUUAGGGCGCGUUAUUUACUCGUGAUUCCGGAAUGA